AUGCCACCAGACGGUAAUAGUAAUACAGAAUGUCGUCCUGCUGAUAUUCGACUGUACACAUGGUCAGGGCCCGGCUUUGAAUCAGGUGAAUGUUGGUACCAAGGACAUCGUUUUGUAAAUGGCGCUACCUGGGGCCGAACAGAUAUAUCAGAUGCUCCUUAUUGUGUUUGUGAGCAAGGCAACAUUCGCAUUUUCUAUAGUCAAGUAGCACCGAAGAAACCUGCGAGUGCUGAUGCAUUGACUUUAUUUCGAAAUACUUAUAGUUCAGCACCGACAUCCAAUGAUUUAGCUAAAUGGCCUAUUCCGAAUAUACCCAUCGUACGACAGCGGGUUAUGAUUUGUUCGAUAACGCAAAUUGGCGUACGUGUUCGAUCGAGAGACGGAUGUAUUGGUUGUAAAUGCUCGAAAGGUGGACAUUGGCUGUGUAGACGACCACCAUCAUUAAAAAAAAAUCGAAGCAGAAAUAUUAGACAAAGAACUAGUCAACAACGAAUACAAACACCGAGAAAUCUUCGUUAUCCAUACACGGAUUCAUCAGAUUCAGUGAAUGUUCAACUUCGUGUAUCUAAUUUGCGCGUUCGACAACAAUGUCCCAUAGGUACGGCACCUCAAUUUUGCAUAUUAAUUGAACGUUUAUCAUCAUCAUCAAAUACUAGCGAAAAAGCUAGUCGUUAUAUGGAAAUUCCUCGUGAAACAUCAUGGGUUGAUCGUGAUACAUGCACUCGAUGUGCGUGUACAUUAGAUGGACGUUUAACAUGUGAAUAUCUUCAUGCAACAUGUAAUCGUCCUUGUCUCAUACAAAAAACACGUCCCAUUUCAGUGAUGUAUUAUUUCCCGUCAGGAUCCAAAUGGUUGACACCACCGAAUGAUAAAUGUCGUUCAUGUACAUGUGUUGAUGGACAAAGACGAUGUAUUAAUUGUGAUCAAGUUCUUCAGAUUGAUAUCAAUGCUAGUAGAUUUUUAAAGAAUAAAAAUCAACAACAACAAUCUGGCAUUGGUGAAUAUAGUUUAUUACCGUCGACGCAAGAAGCAGAGAAGACUAAACCAUGUUUAAUUAAAACUACUGUUAGUUCUCAUCGAUUAAUUUUACCAGGACAAAAAACAUGGUUUGAAAAUCGUUGCUAUUUCUGUUCGAAAAACGAUGGCCGAUUAAUUCCCUGUUGA